UUCUUUUUUUCUUAACCUAAACAAUUUUCUAAAAAAUGCCCUCUGCUCAAUUCAACACCGCUGCUGAAGAAGCCCAAAAGCUCACCACCAAGCCUACCAACGAUCAACUCUUGGAAUUAUACGCCUUGUUCAAGCAAGCUACUGUUGGUGAUAACGAAACCUCCAAGCCUACUUUUGAUAUCAAGGGUCGUUACAAGUGGGAUGCUUGGACCAAGGUUAAAGGUACCUCUCAAGAAGAAGCCGAGCAAAAGUACAUUGCUCUCGUUGAGUCCCUCAAGGCCAGUCAAUAAAUUGACACUCGAUUCCCUUUUUAUUAUUCCACAAUAAAAAUCACAUGUCUUUUUUAUAUUUCUGA